ACCUUUGUUGCUGAGUGAAAUUCUUAGACAAUUAGUAUGACAGGACAUCAGCCAAGUGCUGGCAUGUUUAAAGGCUGCUCUUUUCUGUCCUCAGUUCAUUCGCCUAACAUCAGGCAUCACAACAGCAAAGAUGGCUUUUGGUCUUCACUUGUUGUUGCUCUUGUGUGGGAUUAGUGGACUGUUCACUGGAACUUGUGCUCGUGCUAUAAAGAAAGAUCAGUCUUGCCCUCCAGGCUGGACUCAGUUGGACGACCGCUGUAUAAUCUUUCAAAAUGAGGCAUUAAAUUUCCGACUUUCCGAGAUUGUCUGCAACAUUCUUGGUGGAAACCUGGUUUCAAUCCACAAUGAUCUGGAAAAUGAAGUAGUUCGACACGUGAUUCUGGCAGGGGCUGGAUCUUUUCAGCGUUCUUGGAUUGGGCUCCAUGACCGGGUUGUGGAUGGAGAUUUUUUUUGGACAGACGGCUCACCCUUUGAUUUCAAUGACUGGGCGAAUAACCGGCCGAGAGUGGAUACAAAUCAAGACUGUGCAGAAAUAAACUUUCGAGAUGUAUCCUGGAAUGAUAUUGGGUGUGGUGCGCAAAGAUCCUUUGUGUGUGCCAUGACAACAAGGUCAUUUCCUCAGCAUUGGCGUAUCUAGCCAAUUUUUCAGUACCCCCAAAAAUUAAUCCCAACACCCCUUAAAUUUGAGAGAUUUUGUUUUCCGACCUGGACUCGCAUCAAAUGUGUGACAUUUUGAAAAUACUGUAUAUGAGCAUCCGAGGUGCAUGUAAAACAGCUUUUGUUGUCAUAAUGAAACAUCAGUUUGUUGCGUCACGCGGCAACAGCAUUCGACAAAAUAAAAAGCUUUUGAUAAAUUUUCCUCUUUAACAUCUGUGGAUGAAACAUCCAAAGUUUGAAUUUGAUUGGAUAAGAUCUUUAUGAGGAAUUUGUUAAAUAUAUAUCCUAUAUAAAAGGCAGAAAAUAGAGCAAAAUGUGAAAGUAAGUUAAAAAAGGCGGACUUCCUGUUGGUUUAAGAUACUUUUUUGUAGGUGUUGGUGUAGGUGUUGCUUCGUCAAAAAUUUGGCAGGGGCGCCACUGAGCUAUUGUUUUUUAAAUAGCACAAUAAUAUUGCAUUUUUCGCCAGGCUUGAUGUGUGUGCAUAAUUUCAGUUUUCACAAGUUUUACGCUAAAAAACAGUGCCGUUUUAUUGGCAAAGAAUGCGGCAAACAUCAUUUUAAGAACUUUUAACAUCCCAGGUCUUGAGAUGGUACAGACCAAGUUUAAAUUCAAUUGAAUGAAACCUCUAGGACAAGUUUGCAAAAGUAAAUGUGCAGAAAUCAUCCAAAAGUGUACAUUCAAAUAAAUCAUAACUCACUUCCUUUUGAUUUUAGAAUAUGGCUUCUGCAGAGUUUUUUUUUUUUUUUUACUACUAAUUACAGUAGUUCAAUGGCAAACCUACGGCCAAUUGUGCUAUAUACGGGGUGCUACAGAGGCUUUUUUUUUUGUAAUUAUGUAUGACAACACCAGGCCCAAUGUAUGUGCGAAUUUUUUUUCAUUUUGGGGCGUGUUUAGGCCCUCAAAAAUGCGAUUCAUUGAAAGAAUAAAAAUGGUUUCUACAAUGUGUGCUGUGUACGUGUGUGUGUGCUGGUUUGCAUGUUCAUGUGGGUGUGUUUUGCGUUUAAAUGUGGGGGUGCGAUGGGUGGAUAUACUUCUUGUAUUGCAUAUUUGUAAUUUUUUUCUCAGUUGCAUUUUAAUGUUUGAAAAGUAAAAAUAAAUGCAUUUGAUUUGUUGGUA